AUGGAACAGUUCAUCUCUGAUAAUUCCAUGGAUGGCUCAGAUGACGAUUCUUUGGAAAGUCACCCUAAAGGUACACGAGAGGUAUUUCUUUUGGUUUCUCAUUCAAUCAUUCUGUUUAUCGGCCUGCCAGGAAACUGCCUCAUCCUUCGUGUGUACUGGACUAAAACCUCAAAGACCAGCACCAAUGUACUGAUUAUGGUCCUUGCCUUGGCUGAUGCCACCGUGUGUCUGUUAAGGAUCGUAGAUAUCAUAGAAGUUGUAUUUGCUGUUGAGAUACCAUGGGGCAUUGAGAUACUAGAGUCCGUUGGUAUCUCGUCUUCAGUGAUGAUUACUGCAGCCAUUGCAGCAGAUAGAUACGACUGCAUUUGCCGACCACGCAACCGGUUUUUCACUACAAAAAGGAGUAAACUAACAGCCUUGUCAAUACUCCUGACGUCUUUGAUCAUCAAUAUCCCAAAUGUCAUCAACGGAUUCAAUGAUAUGAAAUAUGAAGUUGUGGACACCAUAAGCUUAGUGAUUUUAUUUGCUAGUUUUGUUGCAGCAUUUGGUAUGAUCACUCUGUGCUACACCAAAGUUUACAUAACCAUCCGCCAACAUGUCAAAGUCAACGUAGCUUCACCUCAAUCUACAAAUAAUGGUUUACGUCCAAAAGAAACUAGGACUGAAACUUGUCAACAUCUUGAAGGCACAGACAUGUCAGUGGUCGACUUGGGCAAUUCCAGUGUCAUCAAUUCAUUGAGUGUGUCCCAUGCUGCCAAAACUAACACUUCUCCCAUCUCAUAUAUAGACAUGGACCACGCCUCUACCGCUGCAGCAACCAAAGCCCCGCCCAAACACCAAGAAACAAACCCAGAACCGUCCACCCAAGAAUCUGGAUUACCCUCACAUCAAGGAACUGGAGAAAACAAACAAGUAUGGGCAAUUACCAGCGAUGCUAGAGUUCGUAAAGGUCGCGUUCCCAAUGUCAGAUCAACAAGUCUGCAACGAAAGACAACAAACAUGCUGUUUGUCACCAGUCUUGUGUUCCUACUAACGUGGAUACCCAACUGGAUCAACAUUGGUUUAUCCUUCGCUGCUGAAGGAGGUAUCAACCCACUUUUUGCCGAUACCUGGGAUGCUUUGAGUUCCAUUCUUUAUUAUGUCAACAAUGCAAUCAACCCAGUGAUCUACGGGUUAUCAAACAGGAGGUUCAGGAAGGACUGUAAGGAGACUUUAAGAAAGAUGAAAGUAUGUGGCUGUCGCAGAGGUGGGCGGCAGUAG